AUGCCUUCCUCAACGCCAGCCUGGUAUCUGCACCACCGCAGCAGAGCCCGUUGGUUCCUCAACAGCAGCAGGUCCUCCCUCAGCAGAAUGCAUGGGGGCACCCCCAGGCACCCAGUGGCGCUUGGGGUGCACCACAGCCGCAGCAGCCGCAGCAGCAGCCGCCGCAGCAGCCGCCGCAGCAGCCGCCGCAGCAGCCGCCGCAGCAGCCCAGCCUGUGGGGACAAUUUUCCAGCGCUCCACCAAGCAAUUCAUGGGCGCAACCUCAGCCGCAGCAGUCGAACUCAUGGGGCCAAUUUCAGCAGGGUCUCUCACAGCAGCAGCCCAUGGGCAAUAGCAGUAGCGCUAGCACGUGGGGUCAACCUACUACACUGCAGACACGGGACCCGUGGGGCCAGUCGCAGGAGUCACCGCUGCCGCCGCAGUCAAGCUCAUGGGGCCAAUUUCAGCAGGCGCUCUCACAGCAGCAGCCCAUGGGCAAUAGCAGUAGCGCUAGCACGUGGGGUCAACCUACUACAUUGCAGACACGGGACCCGUGGGGCCAGUCGCAGGAGUCACCGCUGCCGCCGCAGUCAAGCUCAUGGGGCCAAUUUCAGCAGCAGCCUCAGUUGGGUAGUUGGAACCAGGUAUCUGCACCAGCGCAGCAGCUGCCCGACUUGUCGAACCGGCCACAGGAAGCUACCACGACGACGACUCAUAACACCACCAACAACGCGGGUAACUUGGAUAUGUGGGGGGCGUUGGACCAGUUCGCCAACCAACGCCACAAAUGAGAGAGAGAGCAACGCAUCUCGAGUGUGCUUUCGGUUCCCUAUCACUCUGGCGUUUACUGUCACACACACCGACCCACCAACCCAUAUAUGUAUAUAUAUAUAUAUAUGUGUGUGUGUGUGUGUGCUUGUGUGUGUGUGUGGGUGUGUAUGCUGCUCUUCAUGA